AUGGUUGAUCCCCGACAGCCUAAGCGUCGCAAAACACUUCUAGCCUGUGAGAUCUGCAGAAACAAAAAGACAAAAUGCGAUGGUCAACGACCUGUCUGUGGCCCCUGUACGAGAAAAGGCUGGGGCUCAGAUCAAUGCUCCUGGAAAUAUGUCGACGGCACUGAUGAUACAAUCCCAAACUCUCUCGUGCGAGACCUCGAGCGACGUAUCCAUGAACUGGAGAGGGCACACUCCUCGGCGCCAUCGGCAGCAAGACCAUGGGACGGCAGCUUCUCGUCAUCCGCACCUGCACAUCGCACAUCUCUGCCUGCAAACUCUCCCACCCAAACAGGCCCUGGCCCGAACAACAUCAGCGCCAUCGAAGGUGCUGUAACUGGAGAGCCCCAGAAUGAAGGCUAUGUCGGUCCUGCCGCAGCUGCUGCACUUAUGGACACGGUUCGUCGUGCUGUUGCUCCCCUGCACGUGGCAGGUUCUCCUGUCUCACAGAGACCCGAUGCACUCCCGAUGAUGCAACUUACAAGCCCACCGUCAUUAUCCCACUUACUCCCACUGAGGCAGGAAGCACACGCCCUCUUGCUAUCGUAUUGGAAGUACGUUCAUCCCAUCUACCCUUUUCUUUACAGACCUACUCUGGAAUCCAUGUUUUCUAGUUUAUGGUCCGGAACCACGAUGCCUUCUGCCACAAGCCCAAUAAUGCAGACAUCAUACCAGGAUAGCGUUUGCCUUAUCAACUUGGUCCUCUCACUAGGUUGUCAAUAUACCGUUGAGUCAGACCGUGACCACGAAUUCCGUCACGGCUCUGCACAAGCUAGAAUAUACUUUGAUCGAGCUCGUGCGGCAUAUCGAUAUGAUCCUCUAGGUGAUGUUUCGCCAUCCUUACAACAACUUCAAAUUCUCCUUCUCAUGGCUCAAUAUCUGAAGAGUGUAGGGAGCACCCACAAAGCAUGGGACAUCAUGGGUCUUGCGAUUCGCACCUGUUAUUCUCUAGGUCUACAUCUUCCCACGUCAUCGAGCACCGAUGCGAUCCCUGGCUUUGUAGAUAGAGAGAUGGUAAAAAGAGUAUGGCAUGGUUGCCUCAUGAUGGAAAGGGCAACCACGUUGACCAUGUUCAGAAUGCUCAGUGCGACUCUAGGCCGCCCAGCCAUGGUUCCGGCGGCUGCCGGAACCACAACAGUACCAAUCCCCUUGGAAGUUGAUGAGGAAAAUUUUCAAUCGGGCAGUAUGGAGAGUGAUACGAAUGUCCAUUUUCCAACGCUACUGUCAAGCGGAUCAGUCAUUUCUUUUUUCGUGCUCUCCAUCGAAUUAUUUGAGUUCGUUCAGCGCAUCCUACUUUCGUUUUACUCAGAGCGGUCUAGUGACACAACAGAUAGCUAUUCGUCUUAUUUUGUGGGGAAAGAUUCGGUUCUUGCAUUGGACAAUGAAAUGGGCAAGUGGUGCAAAGGGGUUCCGUCCUAUCUGCAACUACAUUUUCCUGAGGCUUCUUCGCCAAAUCACAAUAGUCCAGCACGGACCUUCCACAGACAGGCAGCUGUGCUGAGGAUCCGAUACUUGCAAGCUCGCAUAUAUCUCUUUCGGCCAGUCCUGUCUCGAAUAUGCACAACUCACCAUGCUACCAAUUCGAAAGUACUGAGUGAACGCCAAGAACCUACCACUAGCCUUGAACAUCGGGUGGCAGUGCAGUGUUCGAUGUUGUGUGUCGAGGAAGCCAUCGAUCUGAUCGAGACCAUGUCUACAAACAUCACCACUGCUGAGGUGUGGGGACAGAAACCUGCUUGGCUCUAUGGAGUACUACACAUAUAUCUCGCAGCAACUGUACUGCUUGCUGCCCGACUUGCGCCCGCAGCACUCCUCACAGAGGUCUCGGAAGAAAAAGUCCAAAUGGCUUGGAGGCAUGCUCUGGAUAUCCUGAGCGGGUUUCAAGCAGACAGUGUCUCCGCUCAACGUUGUGUAGCUGCUCUUGAAGUGCUUCACCGGAAGCUACCGAAUAACGUCCACCAUGAGGACUAUGGCCACCAGUCUCUCAAUAACGGUGCCGAUGACCACCACGCUAAUGACCAUGGGCCGGAAAAUCCUGACGCUUUCGAACUUGCACCACCUCUCCACUUCGGCGCAAAUGAGUCGUGGACUUUUGAUGUCCAAGGGACUUCUUUCGACUGGGCACCAGACUUUGACCUGUCAGACCCUUUUGACAUGUCUUGGUUCCUAGCCUCUGAAUCCUUUGCCUGA